AAAAAAAACUCUAUUUCUCGUUUCUUUGACAUCAUUUGAGCGUCUCCGCUGGGGCUCCGCCUUGAACUUCUAAUCCACCAAUGAGUGAUCGGGAAACUGUGAGUGCGGAAGCAAACCCGGAAACGUCACAAAUCAAAACAAAACAGGACACGUCGGCUCUGUCACGCUGAAGUCCACUUUUAGCUGGGCUUUAAUUAAAUGCAUUCCAGUGGAUCUGAAGCCGCAGAAUUGCUCAGUUUGUUUAAAAAAUCGUUUACAUCCCUCCGACUAUCGCUCUUAAAAGUAUAAAUGGAGACGGACAAAGGUGUGGUUUUGGCAACAGAGAGAUAUGGCAGUGCAGAAUCCUGGAAGUAUGUAUCAAAAGAUGGAGUGAUGGAGAGGAGGAGAGAUGGGAGUGAAGGUCACUCAGGAGGAAACUCGGUUUUUGGAGUUUUUAAAAGCGUCUUUCUGCCUCAAGGUUAUCCAGAGAGUGUGAGUGAUGAUUAUCUGCAGUACCAGUUCUGGGAUACAAUGCAGGCCUUCUCCAGUUCCCUGUCAGGGACUCUCGCCACUCAGGCUUCCCUCAGAGGUGUUGGUGUUGGAAACCAGGAGGCCACCGUAGCUGCAGCCACUGUUACCUGGUUAUUAAAAGAUGGGACUGGCAUGUUGGGAAGAAUCCUCUUCGCCUGGCAGAAAGGGAGUAAGCUGGACUCUGAAGCAAAAAAAUGGAGACUUUUUGCUGAUGUGCUCAAUGACAUUGCCAUGUUCAUGGAAAUACUGGCUCCUUACUUUCCUGCUUGCUUCACCUUCAUUGUGUGCACUGCAGGGAUAUUCAAGUCUAUUGUUGGAGUGGCAGGUGGUGCGACCAGAGCGGCUCUCACUGUUCAUCAGGCCCGCAGAGACAACAUGGCUGACAUCUCUGCCAAAGACGGCAGUCAGGAGACUUUAGUGAAUCUGGCCGGACUGCUGGUCAGUCUGAUACUCAUUCCCCUCGUCACUGAUAAUCCAGUAUUGACUCUCUGCCUCUUCUUCCUCUUCACCGUGCUUCAUCUUUUUGCCAACUACAAGGCUGUGCGUUCAGUUGUCAUGGAAACCUUCAACGAAGCACGGCUUUCUAUCGUACUGCAGCAGUACCUGAAGGACAAACGAAUCCUGAGUCCACCAGAGGCCAAUCAGAGAGAACCAGUUUUCUUUGAGUUUGGGCAAACUGUGCCGAUAAAGUUUGGAGUGAGGCUGCAGGAGAUUGCACAGAGCCCAGAAGAUCUUGAGUUGGCUUUGAAGGAAAACAGCAUGCCUUACCUGUUAGGAGUCAGAAAUGGCUGUGUAUGUGUUUGUUUGGGACCAGAAGCUUCAGUGAGUGACGAAAUCAGAGCGAUGUGCCAGGCGGUAGUACUCGGCAACAUGCUGAGCUCGUCAAACUCCAGAGAAGCUACAGGGGCUGCACCGAAACAACAAAAAGGUCACUGGGAAAUGGUGCACAAGAGUCACAAGCUGAUGGAUGCCAUUUUCAAUCCAUUACUUAAGGGUGCUGAAGCUGCAGGAUGGGACAUGAAACGAACCCUGAUCGACUGGGAUGAGUGGAGAGUCGAGUGGAAAACAAAAAGCAGCUGAGAAGCUUUAAAUAAACAAAGGUGUUUUUAA